GCCCGGGCGGUCUCAGCCCCUCGCCGCGGGCCGGCACCGCCGCCGCCAUCGCCGCCAUGGCCCGGGGCCCCUCUGCCGCCGAGUGCCUGCGGGAAUGGGAGGAGCUGCAGGACGGAUACCAGCGCAUCCAGGAUAACCACAAGCUGUACAAGCAGAAACUAGAGGAGCUGACCAAGCUCCAGGACAGCAUCUCCAGCUCUAUCUCACGGCAGAAGAAGAGGCUGAAGGAGCUUUCCCUGUCCCUCAAAAAAUGCAAAGCCCACAUGAGCCCCGAGCAGGAACCCUCCGUCCAAGAGACCCAGAGCUUAAUAAAAGAGAGGCAGAACGUUUUCUUUGAGAUGGAAGCCUAUCUGCCAAAGAAGAAUGGGUUGUACCUGAGUCUGGUGCUUGGGAAUGUGAACGUCACACUGCUCAGCAAGCAGGCCAAGUUUGCAUAUAAAGAUGAGUAUGAGAAGUUCAAGCUCUACCUCACCAUCAUCUUACUCAUUGUCUCCUCCACCUGUCGGUUCCUCCUCAACUCCAGGGUGACAGAUGCUGUCUUUAACUUCCUCCUGGUGUGGUACUACUGCACCCUCACCAUCCGGGAGAGCAUCUUGAUCAACAAUGGAUCCAAAAUCAAAGGCUGGUGGGUUUUCCAUCACUACGUCUCCACCUUCCUCUCAGGUGUCAUGCUGACAUGGCCAGAUGGGCUCAUGUACCAGAUGUUCAGGAACCAGUUCCUCUCCUUCUCCAUGUACCAGAGCUUCGUGCAGUUCCUGCAGUACUACUACCAGAGUGGGUGCCUGUACCGGCUGCGGGCGCUGGGCGAGAGGCACACCAUGGACCUGACUGUGGAGGGUUUCCAGUCCUGGAUGUGGAGAGGCCUCACCUUCCUGCUUCCCUUUCUCUUCUUUGGGCAGUUCUGGCAGCUCUACAAUGCCAUCACCCUCUUCCGCAUGAUCCAGCACCCAGAAUGCAAGGAGUGGCAGGUCCUCAUGUGUGGCCUCCCCUUCUCCAUCCUCUUCCUGGGGAACUUCUUCACCACUCUCCGGGUCGUCCACCAGAAGUUUCAGCACAAGAACCAAGACACAAAGCAGAACUGAAGGGGGGCAGUGUGGGCACCAGGACUGCUUCUCCCCACCUGCUCCAAUCUCCCAUUCCCCUCUCCUCCACGCCGUCCAGACUCGGGUGUCUCACCCCAUCAUCCCUUGGAAGCCCAGGUUUGGGGACAGAGCUCAGGGCCUGCUGAAGAAUAGACUGUGUCUCUCCAUGGGGUGCUGAGCCCACUCUGGGGUGCAGGCAGGAGCACCCUGCAGCUCCUCUCCUGGCUGCCUUCCUCCUCCAGGAGAGCUGGGUGCCUGGGACAGCUGCUCCCUUCCCUUCACCCUGGAGACAUCCACUGGGAUGGUUCCCCAGCCCUGCCAGCAUUCUCCAUCCUGGAUGCCCACCUUGCAUCAACUCCCUCAGGACAAAAGGCAGGGUCCAGGGCUGAUGGUUGCCUCUUGGGCAGUCAAGGAUCUCCCCUUCUCUCCCCAGGGCACCCCUGGGUGCUGAAGGCAGAGGUAAACAGGGUCCCAACAUCACAUCAGCUGCUCCCUUCGCUUUCCAGGGCAGCUGGAGGCCAAGCACCCAUCAUGGUUUCCAGCAUGUGUUGUACCUGGUUCCUCCUUUGCCUUCAAGCUGUGGCCCUGGAGGGUUGGGAGCACCAGGAACCUGAGCCAGAUGUCACCUUGGAGCUGUGCAAACAGCACCCUGGGCUGGCUUCUGGAGGAUGCACACACACAAAUAAAGGGAAGGUGCUGCCUCAGGGUGCUGGGGAGCUCUCUGAACAUCUGGCCCACUCCAUGGUUUUGGGCUGACUGGAAGUGGUCCAUGCUGUGCCAGGGGGAGAGAAUU